AUGCCGCUGUACGGCCUCUACUUGCUGCCCGACCGGCCCGAAUGCCUCUUACCGCCCUUGGGCGUCGAGUGCAUCCUGCACGGCGUCCAGCCCUCGAUGAAGCUGAACCCGAAGGGCCUGUGGACCGAGCAGGUGAACGAGCACUGGAAGAACCAGACCUACAACGUGCUGCUGUUCGGCCAGGUCCAUUCCGUGGUCGACAACGUCGUCUAUCUGGUGGUGUACAAGAGCGAUCCGGGAAGGAAACAAAUCAAAUCCUUGAACCAGAUGAUGCUGGACUUGGGCCAUGCCGAGCCGGCCGUCGAGAGUUUCCUCUCCAAGGAGGACCACGCCAAAAGGGAGAAGCUUGGCUCGAAUUGCAAGACCAUCGAGCUCAAAGGACCCUACAGCCCUUUGGAGAUGAGAUUGUACGGGUGCAUCGAGAGUUCCGCUGACAAAUCCGUAGAGAUCGAGGGCAACUCCAUCAAUACGGUGCUGUUGGAUAGCGAGCCCCAAGAUUACCAUACCAGCCAAUCGGCGACAGGCAGCCGCAUCAAACUCCGUCAAACCACCCUCAUGCCCAACGUGCCCGGCCUCCCCAUGCUACUCACCCUCAUCUUCUGUCCGACCAUGAGACCCAAGGUGACCGAGGACGUGACGAGGGUGGCGUCGCUGCUGUGCGGCCUCGGGUUCAAUCCCUACACCGACAAGCCGUUCUAUCCGGCGCACGAUCUGAUCAAUAGAAUUCGAUUUUAUAUGAACCAAGGUAUGAAAUUGAUGUACGAGUUGACGCAAGAAGUAUUGAAUCAAGAAGAGUUGGUCAGGACACAGAAAGCCCUCAAGAAGGAUUUAGUAGAGAUGAACGUAAAGUACGCGAACGUGUGGAGCAAGAACAUGGUCGACACCGUCACCUUGAAGCCGAACGUCAGCGAGGAGUCCGAGGACAUUUGGCCUUUGCUGUGGUAUGUUCCUACAAUAGAAUCACAAUGUCAUUUGUGUCAGACGCUCUUUGUGACCGUUCACGAAGUGCGGAGACAUCUCAUCACAAAAGAACACAAACAAAACGUUUCCGACUACUACGAGCAGUUGCAAGAGCUCAACAGAUGCGAAGACCCCGUGGAUUAA